AUGUCUCGAAAUAGGGUCUUGAUUGCUGUCAAUCAGGAGCUCCAUUGGCUACUUUACAUGUGGACAGGCGCUGGUGGGCUUCUUCGAGAGUACAACUCGAUGCCCGACCCUGAAGGGAAGUUUGCCAGCUGCUGUGCGACAGUAACCAACUUUGUGAGAUGGGCGCAUGGCAAUCCGGCCAUGGCCAGAAACUUGGAAAGGCCUGCGUGUGCCGAGCAGCAAAACGGGUGGGAUGAUGGGGUCUACGCCAUACGGUUUGCUGAGUGCCUUGCCACCGGGCAAGCCGUUCCGGAUGCCAUCGAUGGAACGCUGAAAAGGAUAUGUCUCAUGAACGCCAUUCUGGUGACAUGGGCUGGUACGCUUCAUCCUGAUGAAAUUUCGGCCAUCACAUGCCCCCUUACGGCGACUCCCGCCAACAAACUCCAGCAAUUCCAGAACUACUACCGGCGGAACCGCAGCUUUCACCAGCUUCUCUGCACCAGCAGUUCUGAGUAUGCCACGUUUCCUACAUUUACCAGUCUUGCGUCGAAUGGCUGCGUCCGAAGAUGA